ACGCUGGUUUUAUGAGCUGCUAUUACUUGGCUCAAGAAACACAUACUGACUAUCUAUCAGCAAACAGUACUUGCCAAACACUUGGCGGACAUAUUGCGACAAUUUCCAAUGUGAAGGAAACAUCUUGGAUACAAACGAAGUUGAAUGCAGACUUACUAAUGUGGCAACCAGCUUGGGCCCAUUAUGAUGAUAGGUUGACGGAAAGGUAUAAAAACUUGUCUGUCGUAAAACCUAACGGCCACAGUAACGAUGAAGAUUGCACUGAAAUAUAUCCAACAGGGUCGCUGAAUAAUGUGAAUUGUAGUAAUAUUGCCCUACCUAUAUGUGAAAAAGAUGUUCAAAACACCUGCCCUCAAGAAUACCUUUGUAGAAAUUCUUCUGUAUGCUUACCCUAUCUUGAAGGCGAUUACGAUUUUUGCUACAAUAAAUGUCCAGCUGGAUGCACAUGUAAAGACUUUGGAGUUGUGUGCAAUGCAAUCGAAUGGAAUCAAACAAUAAUAAUCAAACAUUCAGUUGCUUACCUAAAACUGGUCAAUAUUCGUGUGCCUGAAUCAUCUCAGCGAAUUUCCGAAGAUGGAUUAAAAGUUUUGCAUAUCAAAAUGGAUUUCCCACUACUCCUAACAGCAAAAUUUUCGAACAAUGAAAUUCAAGAUAUUCUACCAGGUACAUUCCUGAAUCAGACCUUGAUGAAGGAGCUGGAUUUGUCUAGUAACGCAAUAACACAUCUAAAUCAAGGUACCUUAAAUGGUUUGACAAGUCUUCGAUCGUUGUAAGUGAUGUUAUCAGUUCUAAAUUACAGUUUCCUAACACUCAAAGAAAGUCGUGAAGCAUUUAACAUUGUUUACUAUGCCGGUCAUUAUGUGGAAAGUGGAAUUUCAUCAAUGACAACAAUAAUUGUCGUCAAACAAUCGUUGAUAAAUUCAACAAAUAUUAAAAAUCAUGCUGUUUUCUCAAACUAUUGAUUAAUCUACAGAGCUAAAUUUGUGUUCGUCCUCAUUCUGUUAUGAGC